AUGGUUGAAAUGGGUGAGAAAUAUAAUACUAAGUGUCCUGGUGUUAAAAGACUAAUGAGAGAAGCCAUGGAGUUAGCGGAAGCAACCGAAGAAUAUUGCGCCAGACCACUCGAAGACAACCUGUUUGAGUGGCACUUUACUGUACGAGGACCUGUGGGAACUGAUUUCGAGGGUGGUGUUUACCAUGGCAGAAUAUUGCUACCAAAAGAAUACCCUAUGCAUCCACCACACAUAAUCUUGCUUACUCCAAAUGGAAGAUUUGAAGUUAAUAAAAAAAUAUGUUUAUCAAUUUCUGGACACCAUCCAGAAACCUGGCAGCCAUCCUGGUCGAUAAGAACAGCUUUAUUAGCUCUGAUUGCCUUCAUGCCUACUCCAGCUGAAGGAACUAUUGGAUCUUUAGAUUAUUCUCCUGCAGAACGGAAACUUCUUGCCAAAAAGUCUAACACGUGGGUGUGCUCUCAGUGUGGCGAUAUUACAGCAUUACUUUCUUCCACUGCCGCUAAACCACCUACAGAGGAGGAGCAAACCGUGUUAAAUCAAAUAGCAUUCAAGGGUGAAGACGAGCAAGCAAGGCCUGCACCAGAACCUGUCUUUGAGCCUCAGAAUGUACCACAAUAUGCAGAAAGAGUUCUGGAAUCUUCUGACAACACAACUAGUUUUCUGGACCAAUUAACUGAGAUCUUGGUGGCUCUGCUGGUAGGAGUUAUUGGUAUAUUCAUUUAUAGACGUUGGAAUGCUCAUAUGCCGGUUGAACCUGAACUAUAA